CCGGCGGAUAAUGAACUGUGUGUAAAGUUAGAGAAGACAGCUACAAAGAUUCAGUCAUGGUGGCGUGGCAACAUGGUGCGCCGGACGCUACUGCACGCAACGCUCAGGGCCUUGGUCAUCCAGUGCUGGUGGCGGUCGCUGCAGGCCAAGAUGUUGGAGCAAAGACGGUGCCUGGCACUAAGACUCUACACCCACCAGGAAUGGGCGGUGGUGAAGGUGCAGGCGCACGUCCGCAUGUGGCAAGCCCGCAGACGCUUCCUGGAGACGCGCCAGGCGGCCCGCGUUAUCCAGACGCACUGGCGCUGGCACACCAGCCAGACCCGGGGCCUCAUCUGGGGCCGCUAUGAGGUCGGGGCCAGCCGGCUGGCACUGGACAUUGAAAUCCUCAUGGACUAG